AAUAACAGUAGAAGAAGAAAGAGCUGUUAGCAAAGUUAGCUUGUUUUGAUCUGUUUCAGGUGAAUUGAGUGAGGUUAGGCAGUAAAAAUGUCUCCACUUCGGUCUCUGGGGGAGGUUAUCAGCAAAAGCGACGAACUGCUGCUCCGGUAGGAAUAUUCCUACCAGGUUAUGGAAACUGUUCUCCUCAACAACUUAGUGCGAGUUCUUUCGAGAACCAGAGAUUUCCUGGGGUCUUCAUGACAAUCGGAGCUCCACAAUAAGCUGUUGGCAAAACGUGGCCAAAUAAAACCUGCUACCUCUUCAGGAUCAUCAAUCACUGUCUACUCCACCAUAUAGCUUUGGACAGCAUGAAUACAGCUGUUGGCAAAACAUGGCUAAAUAAAACCUGCUACAUCUUCAGGAUCAUCAAUCACUGUCUACUCCACCAUAUAGCUUUGGACAGCAUGAAUACAGGUACAGCUACACAACUACAACGGUGUGUGUGUGUGUGUGUGUGUGUGUGCUUGUAUUUAUAGGUUUAUAUGGACAAAUUUGAACUUUUAACCUGUAGUGUGUGGACAUUUUCACAUUGUUGGGACAUUUGGCUGGUCCACACAAUGACAAAAUCCCCUAAAACAUGGUUUUAGUGAUAUGUUGUGAAUUAACUAUUGUUUAGGUUAGGUUUAGGAAUAGAACAGCAUUUGUUAUGGUUAGGAUUGGGGUAUGGGUUAGGCCAAAUACAGUCACAAAAAUGAAAAAAAUAAAUAUGAGUGUAAGUCAUUAGAGGGUCCUCACAAGUCAGCACGUUCUCACUCCCAACACGUCCUAUACUGACGCUUGGGCAGGCUCCCCCUGCGUCUGUGUGACGUGGAGGGAACUCUCCUCGUGAUGCAUGGGGCUCAGGGCUGAUUAGAGGGAGAAAUGCCGAUCCACACAUCGGUCGAUAGGUGGCAGUAAUGCCCCUUACGUUGCUUGCAUCAAAAGUAGAUAACGGUAUCUAAAAUGCUUUUACAGCUAAUGCAUCAGUUCUUUUAUAUUUUUUUCAUCUUUGCAAUCCAUCUAUAAUGUCUAUUGUCCAGCUUAUGUGGGGAAAAAAAGCAUUUAUUUUACCAUCCGACUUGUAUAGUAAAGCUCUUUCAUUUAUGUCAAUUUUUGUAACAACAGAAAAAAAUUGUAAUUUAAACAAGGGAGACGUGUGCGGGGGAUCUCUUUCAGAUUACACAAAUAGACGAAUUUUUAAACCAAGCUUUUUUCCUUUUUUCGUAAAUUUUCGUCAGUGACGUCAUUUUUAAGAGCCAAAGAGCGCUCAGGGAAAGCCUGAUGGAUAUUGGAGUACGAAAAACGUAUUGGGUGGAGUGGUUAUAAAUUUAGGUUUGCAGUGUAGUUUUUAAAACUAAGUGGUGUGUUAGGAAUAAUUUAUUUUAUUAUUAAUUUUUUAUUAUUUUAUUUUAUUUUAUUUUUUAUUGCUCUUUUAUUCCGAGCACGGCUCCAGCACAGUAGGUGGCGGUAAUGCACCCGGAAGUUGGUUACCACCCAUCCCUAACACCAGAAAGAAGGAAAAGAAGACGUCAUUUGUACGCGUUCCAGGCUCUUCAUUGAUCCGCCCGUGUGCUUAUCAACACUAUUUCUGCUCUUCAUUAAAACUCCCAAAGGCACUUUUAAGAGCCACGUCUGUCUUCUUUAUCUGUUCUUACUGCUGUCCUUAUUCUUGUCUGUUGUCCCUCUUCGCGUGUCUCUGCCUCUGUGUUGUCUUAGGUGUAUUUGUGUUAGUUGUCUUGUCAUACAUUGUCUUUUGUACAUCAGGUGUUUCCAUUUUUUGUGUCCAACAUGACACGUCCCAAAGUCAGGCCCUGUCCAUCUUGCCAGACUCCCAAUCAGGCAAACAGAAAAACCUGCAGUUUCUGCUUCAAAUCUCUAUCUACUAAAAGAACCUUUAAAAACAAGGUACAAUCACUGGAUAGUCAGUGGGCUCAAGCUGUCAUAAAAAACAGAAACACUGGCCGAAUCAUCGACUCUGCAUGCAUUGCAGUGCAAAAACUUGAUGCAAUUGGAAGCAGGCCUAUCUUAUUUCUUGGCAAGCAAGACAAAGUGUCAAAUAAGUGGGUAGCAGAUGUCAUCACCAAUUUGGAACCCACUUCCACUACAAGACACCUACUGGAAAAGAUGAAGACAGCUUAUGAAUUUCUCUUGACUAUGGGCUGCCCCAUAACUGUGCAACAGGACACCUCCACAAGCCAGCAAGAUGUAAUCAACAAUCAGGCAGAGACCGUCAUUGAGGAGCAAUCAGAGGUGGUCGAGGAGGCACAUCAUGUUGACCAGAAGCCAUGGAAGCUCAUUGAAGAGGCGGCAGAAAUGCUCAGCCAGGAGCAUACAAAAGUGCUCCCAGACAAUCCAGAAGACAAUAUAUUUGUGCUUCAUCACACUCCAGUUUCUCCCCCUGUUACCCAGUCUUCUCUGAAAAAGAAAAGACAGAGGAGCACAUCUCCUAAGCCCUCUACCACCUUUCAACCAUCUGUUGCACCUACAGAUCAACCAUCUCCGCAAUCUCCUCCUGCUGACCAUGCCAUUCCCCAGUCUUUGAGCCAGGAUGGCCAAAAUGAAACAGAGAGGAGAAAAAAUGUUCAACAGGUGGUGCUGAUUAAACAAGAAGCUCCUGAGGAACAGAGUGCUGGCAUGCAGCAGUGGGACCCAGAACACCUCUGUGUGAAGGAGGAGCGGGAGGAACUGUGGACCAGUCUGGAGGAAGAGCAGCUCCAUUUGAAGAACGAGACUGAUGACACCAGGUUUCCAUUCACUAUAGUAUAUGUUAAGAGUGAGGACGAUGAAGAGAAACCUCUAUUCUCACAGCUUCAUCAGCAGCAGCAAAUUGAAGAUAGAGGUAUACCAACUAGCAGCUCAGCUGAACAGAUGACCAUAGAAACUAGUGGAGGAGCACAAACUACCAGGAAGCCAGAUCUGAACCUUGAUGAACAGGCAUCUGAUUCUUCUGAGACAGAAGUUAGUGGAGAUGAUGAAGGGGAUGAUGGUGAUGUGAUCCUAGACUCUAAGCUGUCGGACUCUGAGCCUGAAACUGGAUACGGAAACAAUGACUGGAAUGAGAGCAGGUCUUCUGAGUCAGAUGUUAAGACUGUCUACAAAUCAUUUAGCUGCCUUGAGUGUGGUGAACAGUUUCUCAACAAGGUGUCUCUCCGGAAACAUGUGAGAGUGACAGGUCAUUCAGCAUUAAGGUCUUCAGGCAGUUCGACUAAUAAUAAAUGUGUUAAAUUGAAGCAACAUGUAGACCCAUGCAUGAAAGUCCAGCAGCAACCAAAAUCAUUUAUUUGUGAUGAAUGUGGGAAAAGAUUUGGAAGAAAAUUACAUCUAACUGAACAUAUGACAGUCCACACAGGACAGAAGCCUUUUACCUGUGAGAUUUGUGAACAUAGAUUUAGCAGAAAAACAAGUUUAAACCGACACAUGAGUGUCCACACAGAACAAAAACCUUUUGCUUGUGAGCUUUGUGGACAGCGAUUUAGUCAAAAGACAAAUUUAAAUAGUCACAUGAGUGUCCACACAGGACAGAAACCUUUUGCUUGUAAGCUAUGUGGGCAAAGGUUUAGCCAAAACAGAAAUUUAAAAUGUCACAUGAGUGUCCACACAGGACAGAAGCCUUUUGCCUGUGAGAUCUGUGAACACAUAUUUAGUCGAAAAGCAAGUUUAAACAGACACCUGAGCAUCCACACAGGGCAGAAACCUUUUGCCUGUGAGUUUUGUGGACAAAGAUUUAACCAAAAGGCAAUUUUAAACAGUCACAUAAGUGUCCACACAGGACACAAACCUUUUUCAUGUGAGGUUUGUGGACAAAGAUUUAACCGAAAGGCAAUUUUAAACUGUCACAUGAGUGUCCACACAGGACAGAAACCUUUUGCAUGUGAGCUCUGUGGAAAAAGAUUUAGCCUAAGCAGAAAUUUUAAAUGUCACAUGAGUGCUCACGCAGGACAGAAGCCUUUUGCCUGUGAAAUCUGUGGACACAGAUUUAGCCGAAAGGGAAAUUUAAAUAGACACUUGAGUGUCCACACAGAACAAAAAAAACCUGUUUAACUACAAGAGUACCAAAGAAUAUCCUUGUAUUUUUUACAUCCUGGUUAUCAGCCUUGUACCCCAUGUGGCUGUCCUUUAUCCUUGAUCAGGGCUGCAAGUUACGUCUUUUUUGUCUGCGAGCCACAUACUGUGGGCCCCUAAGCUGUAAAUAUUUCACUAUAUUCCAGUCUCCAUUGAGAUGCAGUGCAUUAUUGUAUACGUCACUCAUCAUUACACAAUGAUUAGCCUCCAUCCUUGAGUUUCACUUUUGGAGUGUUGCAGCAGUAUCUCAGAAUAUUAGAAUAUAAAUUAAGGACCAAUGCAAAAAAUAGGGCAAGACACCAAAAAUCAUUGCUAGGGAGGCUGGCUGUUCACAGAGCUCUGUGUCCAAGCACAAUAAUAUAGAGGCCAAGGGAAGGACAAGAUGUGGUAGAAAAAGUGUACAGGCAAUAGGGAUAACCUCACCCUGGAGAGGAUUGUGAAACAAAACCCAUUCAAAAAUGUGGGGAGAUUCACAAAGAGUGGACUGCAACUGGAGUCAGUGCUUCAAGAACCACUACGUACAGAUGCAUGCAAGACAUAUGUUCGAGCUGUCGCAUUCCUUGUGUCAAGCCACUCUUGAACCAGAGACAGCGCCAGAAGUGUCUCGCCUGGGCUAAAGUCAAAAAGGACCGGGCCGCUGCUGAGUGGUCCAAAGUUAUGUUCUCUGAUGUAAGUUAAUUUAGCAUUUCUUUUGGAAAUCAAGGUCCCAGAGUCAGGGGGAAGAGAGAAGAGGCACAGAAUCCACGCUCCUUGCAGUCCAGUGUAAAAUUUCCACAGUCAAUGAUGGUUUGGUGUGCCAUGUCAUCUGCUGGUGUUGGUCCAUUGUGUUUUCUGAGGUCCAAGGUCAACACAGUCAUCUACCAGGAAGUCUUCCUGCUUCCUGCUGCUGACCAACUUUAUGGAGAUGCAGAUUUCAUUUUCCAACAGGACUUAGCACCUACACAGAUUGCCAAAGCUAUCAGUACCUGGUUUAAGGACCAUGGUAUCCCUGUUCUUGAUUGGCCAGCAAACUCACCUGACCACAACCCCAUAGAAAAUCUAUGGGGUAUUGUGAAGAGGAAGAUGUCAUACACCAGAUUCAACAAUUCAGAAGAGCUGAAUCCCACUGUCAGAUCAACACAGGCUCUCAAAACACCCGAACAGUGCCACAGACUGAUGGACUCCAUGCCACACCACAUUGCUGCAGUAAUCCAGGUCAAAGGUGCUCCAGCUUAAUACUGAGUGCUAUACAUGCUCGUACUUUUCAAAUACAUAAUUUACAGUUGGGCAACAUUUCAAAAAUUCCUUUUUGAUAUUGAUAUUGUAAUCUUCGGAGUUACUGAACUUGCAAUUUUUUGUUGUCGGAUAUAAUAGUCAAAAUUAAAAAAAUUAAAAUAUAUCAGUCUCUGUGCAAUGAAUUAAUCUAAUAUAGAAAUUUCACUUUUUGGAAUACCUGAAAUAAAUCAAGUUACCCAUGAUGUUCAAAGUUUUUGACCAGCACCUGUCAUGUAUCACGCUUUAAGCUAUUCAUUUGAAAGUGGGUUUCAUUGAUUCUCUCAUUAGAAAUUUUACCAACUUCACAUUGGACAGCACUCUGCACUCAGUUGUAACAGUUUUGAGGGAUGGGCAGUUUGCAAAACAUUUGAGCCAAAAUGGCAGACGUGAGUGUUCCACACAGGACAUUUUUGAACCACAUAGGACAAUGUCCUUAGAGGUUUCAGAUUUGUAUCUAGUUAAAAGUGUUUUUUUGUGGCUUCUGACCAUUACAUAUUAUACACAUUUUUGUUAGGGACAAUACCCUAUUUAAAAAGUUUAAAAGAAGAACCAUCAAUAAGGUUUUCUGCAUUGCAGUGGUUGAAGAGUGAAAGUUAAAGCUGGGGAUGAUGGUUUUUCUCAGCUGUUUGUUGGACUACUCUAACCCUGGCUUUCCACCAGCCGUGAAAUCUGUCGCGUAACGUAAUAGAGCUCUGGACGUCACGUGACUCUCAGAGAGUAGAAGCCAUGUUGGCAGGCAACAAAGGUAAACAAAAUGAAAGGGAUCGACUUGGAUUUUACUCCGUCAGAGUUUACUUCACACUUUAAAACCGAAGAAAUCGUAAAUAGACUAAACAUCUCCGACCCUUACCAUGCCCCGGGAUACUUUUUAAAAACGCCAGAAGCUGUCGGAGCAGACCUGGCCAGGGAACGCUUUGGGAUUUCCCCGGAGGAGCUGGCCCAAGUGGCUGGGGAGAGGGAAGUCUGGGCCUCUCGACAUAGGCUACUGUCCCCGCGACUCGACUCCGGAUAAGCGGAUGAAAAUGGAUGGAUGGACAAAUAACAUAGAUUUACAUGUAAUAAGUUUAAAUAGAGUUCUGUGCUGAAUGUAUAAACUGAACGCCAAGAGAAAUCACUAGUCUGAUUUUUUCCAUGAAUAAAAUAAAUAUGUCAGGCAGGAGCAUCUCAGGAUCUGUCUGAGAUCUGUCUCUGUGAGACAGAUAAUAGCAAUCCAAAGUGCUUUUAAUGUGUGAUCUGACAAUUGAUCAACCAUUGCUUAAAAAUUAAAAACAGCUUAGCCGGUUAAUUGCUGUGAUCAUAAGAAACAUAAACGGCAGCACGCAGAAAUCACAAGGCGACGUUUUACGUGAUGUUUACCUGUUGCUAUGAGUAAUAAGACGGAAAAACCCACGCCAAAAUAAGUUUAGGAAGCCCACUAAGAGUCGUAAUAAAAGCAUUUUAAAUAAAUACCAGAUAGAUGAGGAAACGUUUAAGUACCUGAUAGGAAGUGGUCGCUGCUUAAGCGAAAACCUUUACUCUCGGGAUCCCACAGCUUCAUUUUAGCCCGGUCACUAGUGCGUUUUAUUGCAAUGAUCCAACGUUUGCGGUGUUCCGGAGCUUGGGGAAUCCUGUAGAAGGCUCUUCCCUUAUCUUGUCCGUCUUGUCUUGUCAACUCCCGGAGCUCUAUAGCGAUGUUUUACCCGCAAGCUCAUUGCCAACCAGGAGCAUAUCUGGCAUGAAACAGGAGUGAAAAAGUUCCACACAGCUGAUCCCAUGAUGUCACUAAAUCACGGUAGAAUUGCAACACCACACAUGAUUUCAGACAUCCACACAAUAUUAAACAAAAAGAAAGACAGCUGCAUGCAUGAAAACAUGUCUGGGUUAUUUUCUGUUCUGUUUACAUCGGUCACAGAAGUUCACAGGAAAUGACGUACUGCACAUGACCAUUUAUUUUUUUAAGUUUUUGGAUGUUCUACAAUGCUUUGUGUUUGAUUUCCUAUCUGGCUCAAUCUAAACUGGCUUUUGACGUGUUUUGGAAGCAUAGCACAUCAAAAAUAGACUUGGAACGAAAUGAUAGCGGGCCCUCACUUCUGGGGCGCAUUCAAAACAUCACUGUCUACUGCCGAUGGAAAGAAAAUAAUCCACUAUAAUGGUGGCCAAUUGCAGCAAAUUAUGUUUCACGGCCGUUUCGCAAUGCUUUGACGUGCAGUGGAAAGAAGUGGCAAUAAACAACGUCUUAAUGUAAUAGGCUUGUCAGCCACUAUUAGCUGUGCAAUUACACUGGAACAUUUUCACUAACAAGUUUAUAUAUAGAGAGCUUUGAACAGGAAUAUCAAACCAUUUAACUGGGACAAACCAAAUUGUAAAAUUAGAUCAAGAAUUGAUUAUUAGUUGGUAUCAAACUCAAUUUCCCAGCAUGUGACAGAGACAACAAUCUGAAAUUGUCCUUUAAGAAAUUGUUCUACUUCGAGGUGGAAAACAAAGAUAAAGCUAAUACAUUCAAAGGUUACAGAAAAUUUCAUUCACAGGUGCUAAAAAAUGAGAAACUCAGCAACACUAUUCAAACACAUAUUGUGGAGGUUAAAAAUUAUAACACCAUUAGUGCAUCAAUAUUUAAAUGGGAGUUUGUAAAAUUUAGCAUUAGAAAAUGUUCAAUUGCCUUAGUUAAAGAAAAAACUAAACAAGCAAAGAAGAUGAAGCAAACGUGGUAAAAUAACUUAUGGAUCUUUAUAGCAAGCUGAUUUGGACUGAAGACGAAAAAGCAAAGAUCAAUACCCACCAAUCUUAAAUGAAUGUGAUUUAUUUGAGUAAAGCCAAAGCUACUUAGGUGAGAUCCAGAGCCAUGUGGAUAGACGAGAGAAGGAAAAACUGCUUAUUUUUGUAACUUACAUUUGUAAAACUAAUCUGUAGACAAUAUGCAACACUGUCCUCCAGUUAUGGAAAUCUCUCCGUGAAUCAUUGUCAUCCAAUUUUAGUAACAUGACAUUUUGGUCUCUUCUAAUUAUUUCUUCCAAAAACAACAAAAACAUUUUUAACUCUUCAAUGAUCUCUGUUUAAAUAGGCUUUAGUCGCAUGUUCUUGAACCCCUUUUAUUUUUUCUACUGAGCUACUGGUUUUUCACUCCAGCUGCACGGUCUCUGAGGUCGGCUGCAAGGCUGCACCUGGAAGUCCGUAGAACAAGACGUAAGCUCAGAGGUGACGGGGCUUUUUCAGCAGCAGCACCUAGGCUUUGGUGCUGCCUCUGCACAUUAGGUUUGCAUCUUCUCUGUCUUGUUUUAAAUCUCUUGAAAAUCCCAUUUUUAUGCUUUGGACUUUAACUCAGUUUGAGAGUAUUUUAGUUCUAGUUUUUUAAUGCAUUUUAUGUUGUGUGUAUUUGAUUUUAAUGUAUUUUAUUUAUGUGAAGCACUUUGGUCAGUUUUAACGAUGUUGUAAGGUGCUUUACAAAUAAAGUUGGCUCGACUUUUG